AAUUAAUAGUGUAGUAGAGACCACAGAGGAGUUUGUGGUCUGUGGUCACUCUAGAUUGAGAUAAUUUUGAUUGAAUAUAGCGUGAAAGUCUUAUGAUGAAUGUACAGGUUACCAUUUCUGGAUAGUCUGCUUGGUGUUCAAUAGCUGUUUAUAAAGCACAACAUGGUGUAUGUGUUUGUGUGCACAUACCAACUUUGUGAUUAUCUGAAUGAUUGCGCCCAAGCAUUACCUACACCAACCCCAGUAGAGGAUUCUGGGAAGGGGGAGGAGAUUUCUGGGAGGAAAGAGAAGAUUCCUGGGAGGCAUGAAGUAACUGAAGAAGAGUCUGUUGGACCAGUGCCAGAAUCUGCUGAGUCAAUUUCAGAGCCUGUCAAGCCAGUAUUGGAAUUUCAUGAGCCAAUGCAUAAAUAUCAUGUUCAUAAGUCAAUACCAGAAUCUCAUGAACCAAUACAGAAAUCUAAUGAGCCAAUAGUAAAACUUCAUGAGCCAAUUCAUAAACAUCAUGAGCCAAUACCAGAAUCUCAAGAGCCAAUGCAUAAACCACUUGAGACAAUAGUGAAUCCUCAUAAGUCAAUGCAUAAACCUCAUGAGUUAAUAGUUAUUCCUCAUGAGCCAAUGCAUAAACCACUUGAGACAAUAGUGAAUCCCCAUGAGCCAAUGCAUAAACCUUAUGAUCCAGUAGUGAAAAGUCAUGAUCCAAUAGUGAAUCCUCACAAGCCAAUAGUGAAUCCUCAUGAGCCAAUAGUGAAUUCUCAUGGGCCAUUAGCACAUCAUCAUGAGUCAAUGCAUAAACCUCAUGAUCCAAAAGUGAAUCGUCACAAGCUGAUAGUGAAUCCUCAUGAGCCAGUGCUUAAACCUCAUGAGCCAAUAGUGAAUUCACAUGAGGCAAUGCAUAAACCUCACGACCCAAUAGUGAAUCCUCAUGGGCCAAUAGUGAAUUCACAUGAGGCAAUGCAUAUACCUCACGACCCAAUUGUGAAUCCUCAUGGGCCAAUAGUAAAUACUCAUACGCCAAUAGUGAGUCCUCAUGAGCCAAUGCAUAAACCUCAUGGGUCAACUGUGAAUCCUCAUGAGCCAAUGCAUGAAGCUCAUGAGCCAAUAGUACAUCCUCAUGAGCCAAUAGUACAUCCUCAUGAAGCAAUGCAUAAACCUCAUGAACCAAUAGUACAUCCUCAUGAGCCAAUAGUACAUCAUCAUGAAGCAAUGCAAAGACCUCAUGAGCCAAAAGACCUCAUGAGGCAAUGCAUAAACCUCAUGAACCAAUAGUACAUCCUCAUGAGCCAAUAGUACAUCAUCAUGAGGCAAUGCAUAAACCUCAUGAACCAAUAGUACAUCCUCAUGAGGCAAUGCAUAAACCUCAUGAGCCAAUAGUACAUCAUCAUGAGGCAAUGCAUAAACCUCAUGAACCAAUAGAACAUCAUCAAGAGGCAAUGCAUAAACUUCAUGAGCCAAUAGUACAUCAUCAAGAGGCAAUGCAUAAACCUCAUGAACCAAUAGUACAUCAUAAUGAGGCAGUGCAUAAACCUCAUGAACCAAUAGUACAUCCUCAUGAGCCAAUAGUACAUCAUCAUGAGGCAAUGCAUAAACCUCAUGAACCAAUAGUACAUCCUCAUGAGCCAAAAGUACAUCCUCAUGAGGCAAUGCAUAAACCUCAUAAACCAAUAGUACAUCCUCAUGAGGCAAUAGUACAUCAUCAUGAGGCAAUGCAUAAACCUCAUGAGCCAAUAGUACAUCAUCAUGAGGCAAUGCAUAAACCUCAUGAGGCAAUAGUACAUCAUCAUGAGGCAAUGCAUAAACCUCAUGAGCCAAUAGUACAUCAUCAUGAGGCAAUGCAUAAACCUCAUGAACCAAUAGUACAUCAUCAUGAGGCAAUGCAUAAACCCCAUGAGCCAAUGCAUAAACCUCAUGAGCCAAUAGUACAUCAUCAUGAGGCAGUGCAUAAACCUCAUGAAUCAAAAGAACAUCAUCAAGAGGCAAUGCAUAAACCUCAUGAACCAAUAGAACAUCAUCAAGAGGCAAUGCAUAAACCUCAUGAGCCAAUAGUACAUCAUCAUGAGGCAAUGCAUAAACCUCAUGAGCCAAUAGUACAUCAUCAUGAGGCAAUGCAUAAACCUCAUGAGCCAAUAGUACAUCAUAAUGAGGCAGUGCAUAAACCUCAUGAACCAAAAGUACAUCAUCAUGAGGCAGUGCAUAAACCUCAUGAACCAAUAGAACAUCGUCAAGAGGCAAUGCAUAAACCUCAUGAACCAAUAGAACAUCGUCAAGAGGCAAUGCAUAAACCUCAUGAACCAAUAGUACAUCAUCAUGAGGCAAUGCAUAAACCUCAUGAGCCAAUAGUACAUCAUCAUGAGGCAACGCAUAAACCUCAUGAGCCAAUAGUACAUCAUCAUGAGGCAAUGCAUAAACCUCAUGAGCCAAUAGUACAUCAUCAUGAGGCAACGCAUAAACCUCAUGAGCCAAUAGUACAUCAUCAUGAGGCAAUGCAUAAACCUCAUGAGCCAAUAGUACAUAAUCAUGAAGCAAUGCAUAAACCUCAUGAGCCAGUAGUGAAACCUCAUGAACCAACAGUACAUCAUAAUGAGGCAAUGCAUAAACCUCAUGAACCAAAAGUACAUCAUCAUGAGGCAGUGCAUAAACCUCAUGAACCAAAAGUACAUCAUCAAGAGGCAGUGCAUAAACCUCAUGAACCAAAAGUACAUCAUCAUGAGGCAGUGCAUAAACCUCAUGAACCAAUAGAACACCGUCAAGAGGCAAUGCAUAAACCUCAUGAACCAAUAUUACAUCAUCAUGAGGCAGUGCAUAAACCUCAUGAGCUAAUAGUACAUUAUCAUGAGGCAAUGCAUAAACCUCAUGAGCCAACAGUACAUCAUCAUGAGCCAAUGCAUAAACCUCAUGAGCCAAUAGUACAUCAUCAUGAGCCAAUGCAUAAACCUCAUGAACCAAUAGUACAUCAUCAUGAGGCAGUGCAUAAAACUCAUGAGCUAAUAGUACAUCAUCAUGAGGCAAUGCAUAAACCUCAUGAGCCAACAGUACAUCAUCAUGAGGCAAUGCAUAAACCUCAUGAACCAAUAGUACAUCAUCAUGAGGCAAUGCAUAAACCUCAUGAGCCAAUAGUACAUCAUCAUGAGGCAAUGCAUAAACCUCAUGAGCCAAUAGUACAUAAUCAUGAGGCAAUGCAUAAACCUCAUGAACCAAUAGUACAUCAUCAUGAGGCAAUGCAUAAACCUCAUGAGCCAAUAGUACAUCAUCAUGAGGCAAUGCAUAAACCUCAUGAACCAAUAGUACAUCAUCAUGAGGCAAUGCAUAAACCUCAUGAAUCUAUAUUAGAAUCUCAUGGACACAUACCGACUCAGCCAAAAAGGGAGUCUCAUGAACUAGUACCAGAGUCUAUUGAGACAAUGCAUGGAUCUCUGCUGCCAAAAUUAGAGACAAUUUCAACAGUACACAUGCCACAUGAAACAGUAUCAAAGCAUCAUAUCUCAGGACCAAGACAUGUGGAUCGAGAGCAAGAACUAGAGAAACCAAAGGAGUCAGAAGAAGGAAAGACAAAAGAAGGGGUGGAGGAAGGUUCUCAUAAACACACAGCUGUUGAAGAUCCACACAAGCACUCAAACGAGCAUGGUAAAGGAGAGGGUGAAGGAAAACCCAUCCAUAAGUGGGAGAGAGAAGAUGAAGAGAAUAAAAAAGCUCUUCUGAAGUUCUUACUAUCUGGAGGGCAACAGACUGUACAGCUAAAAGGCAUCAUAUAUGACGACUUCAAAGAUUGUGAAUGUAAUGGACACUCGAAUCGCUGCAGUUACAUCGACUUCCUGAACAUAGUGACGUGCGUGAGCUGCAAACACAACACGCGUGGUCAGAACUGCGAACACUGUCGCAUGGGCUUCUACAAAAACACCUCUGCAGAGCCCGAUGACGAGAAUGUGUGUAUCGGUGAGUAACAAUUUAUAUCUGAAAUGCUCUGCACAAAUGUUGUGCAAAAUAAAUUAAAUCACUGGCUCAAGCAAUACUGUAUGUUAUGAAGGCAUUAGCAAUGUUACAGUCAUGGGUUCAAUUCCCAGAUGCUUGAUCUAAGAAAAAAGGUCUUCAAUACUGAAAUUAUGACAGAAAUAUAGUAUUAUUGUACAUUACAAUGUGCUUCUCAAAGUACUUACAAUGUACUUCCUUUUGAUUAGGUUUGUUUGCCAAAAAAUAAAACUGUUAAAAUUGAUUACAUUUUAAAAAAUUAAAUGAAUUGUUAUAUUUUAUGGCUUAAUUAGAUUAUCACAGUUUCUGAUAAUAAAUGUGUAUUAAAUCAUAAAUCAAGAAAAAAAGUAAAAUUUUCAAAAUAAAAAUAAAAUAAUAAAUCAUAGGGCUCUAUUGGUGUAAAAGUUGUAAUACAUUGUUAUUCUUUCAUGAAUUCAGUUGAUUAAAAAGGCUUUUUAAUUAGUAAAAUUUGAUUAAACCAUUAAAACAGGGAAAAAAGCAAAACACUGAAAAUGGGAAAAUUAAAACAGAUUUCAUAGGGCGCUAAAAAUGUAGGUUUUGUUUUAACUUUUAAUAAAUUGUUCUUGAAUUGUAUAAGUUUCAUGAUUUCAAUUAUUUAGACAUGCUUUUUGAUUACUUAAAAUUUUAUGUAACCAUUUAAAUCAGAAUCCUGAAAAAUUUAAAUAGGGGAAAAAA